GUCUCAGCUGACCUCAAAGCAGAGCUGCAAGCGCUGCGCGAGACGGUGGACAAGCACGAGAAGAUGCUGAGAUAUGUGAUGGACCGCUACGUGGAGAAAGAUCUGCGCUCGACUCCGCAGUCCCAACAGGGCGGCGUGCAGGCCUCUGUGGUGAACGCAUCCCAGAGCGGCGCCCCCGCGGUGGCUGAGGUGAAGAGCGAG